GAUUAUACGGGAUCUUGAGUCACAGUUUCUUUCGUUUUGCGAGUGUUGUAGACUUCGGAGCGGCCGUAGCGAUGCAGGACGACGCGGGAGACUACGUCGACAUGUACAUACCACGUAAAUGUUCGUCAACGAACCGGAUUAUACACGCGAAAGACUACGCAUCGGUCCAAAUCAAUGUUUCAGAGGUUGACGAGAAAACGGGCCGAAUGACGGGUACUUACAAAACAUACGCGCUGUGCGGAGCAGUGAGAGGAAUGGGAGAGGCAGACGACAGUAUCAAUCGUUUGUGUCAGGGAGACGGCGUCCUACCGCAGGGAUUCACCUCCGCUCAAUGAGCAGCCGUUUGCGGACUCGUUUUACAUACUGUAGACUCGUUAUGUUGGAAAGAAACAAAUUCCUUCAAACCUAAUACUCAAAUGACUACAUCA